UCCUCGGGUUCAGACAUCUUGCUGUACGGAAAAUAUCCGCUAUGGAGGGCGCCAUGUUGGCGCUACUGAAACCAGCGAGGUGCCGGCUGGUUUCAGACUGCAGAGAUAAAAGCGUGAGAAGUUUUGGCGUCGUGCUUUGGCGCGGCUGCUUUGUUUUAAAGGGUCCGGUCGGCACGGAGUGGGGAUAGGCACAUCUUCCUUUCCCUGCGUGCCUCGAUGCGAGGGGAAGGUGCAUAAUUCUGCAGGGGGUGGUUUCGUAACGCGCCCUCCCUAUAGGGAGGAGCCGGCAUAUAGGGUGAUGGGGCGGGAAAGACGGCUCAUCGCACACUGCGAAGAGGAGAAAGUCAGAAACUUUGUUUGAGAAUGACUGGAAGUAGCAGCAAAAAGCACAGCAUGGAUGCGGAAAACAUCGUCAAGGAAACAGUCCUUAUUACAGGAGGAGGUGGUUAUUUUGGUUUCCGCCUAGGUGAUGCCCUUUCCAAGAAGGGAGUAGAUGUCAUCCUCUUUGAUGUCACCGAGCCCAUCCAACCGAUGCCACAAGGAGUGAAAUUUGUGCAGGGUGAUAUCCGUGUGGUCUCUGAAGUGGAAAGGGCACUCCGAGGUGCAACCUGCGUCUUCCAUAUUGCUUCCUAUGGGAUGUCUGGCCGGGAGCAGCUGAACCGAAAACUGAUAGAAGACGUCAACCUCAAGGGGACAGAAAACAUAAUUGAAGCUUGCAAGAAAGUGGGCGUCUCAAGGCUGGUUUACACGAGCACCUACAAUGUGGUGUUUGGGGGCGAAGCGAUCGAAAACGGGGAUGAGUCUCUGCCUUAUUUCCCUCUUCAUCUCCACCCUGACCAUUACUCGAGGACCAAAGCCUUAGCUGAGAUGAAGGUUCUGGAAGCAAAUGGAAGCUCCCUUGAGGGAGGGCAAGGGUUGCUGAGGACCUGUGCCCUGAGACCUGCCGCCAUCUAUGGGCCUGGAGAGCAGAGACAUCUGCCGAGGAUCCUUGGCUACCUCGAACAGGGCUUGUUUCAGUUCCUGUUUGGAGAUCCCAGAGACCUAAUGGACUUUGUACAUGUGGACAACUUGGUGGAAGCUCACAUCUUAGCUUCCGAAGCUCUGGGAGAUAGUAAGGGUCACAGGUCAGCUGGUCAAGCUUACUUCAUUUCAGAUGGCAGACCAAUCAACAACUUUGAUUUUUUCCGGCCUUUUGUAGAAGGCUUAGGCUACCCCUUUCCAACUUACCGCCUCCCUCUGUCUGUUGUUUACUACUUCGCAUUUCUCACUGAGAUGGUACAUUCCGUGGUUGGGCGCUUAUAUAACUUCCAGCCCUUCCUCACUCGCACAGAAGUUUACAAAAGUGGUGUCUCUAAUUAUUUCAGCAUGGAAAAGGCCAAGAGGGAGCUGGGGUACGCACCAUGUCCACACAGCAUUAAAGAAUCAGUUGAGUGGUUUAAAUCUCAUGGCUAUGUCCAUAAGUCCAGGAGGUACACUGCAAAACAUUUAUUUAGGGACAUGGUACUUGUCCUCCUGUUUGCAGUGGUGAUCCUUUCCUGGUUUCCCAGAGUCUUCUGAUGGGAGAUACUAGCAAGGAGACAAGCUUCUUUGUACAGUGGUACCUCAGGUUAAGUACUUAAUUCGUUCCGGAGGUCCGUACUUAACCUGAAACUGUUCUUA